AUGCAGUUCCCUUCGACCGCUCUCCUCGCUCUCCUGAUCUCUCCACUCGCCCUAGCCGCUCCCUCCUCGCCUUUCCUCGAUAGCUUCUCGCAGACGCCGAUAAAGAUAGAGGAUGAUAUCAGCGUACCCGGCGUUAACCCGCUAACUUACUGUACCGACCCGACGGGGAACAUUCUUACCAUCGAACGGGUAGACCUGUCUCCAAAUCCACCUAUUCCUGGCAAACCCCUCCAGAUCAAAGCCUCGGGUGUCUUUUCAAAGCAGGUCGACAAGGGCGCCACGGUCCAGCUGCAGGUCAAAUAUGGCUUCCUUCAGCUAAUAAACCAGGAAAUGGAUCUAUGUGAACAAACUGGGAACGUUGGUCUGAAAUGUCCCCUUGAAAAGGGCAAGAUGGUGUUCAGCAAGAGCGUCGAUAUUCCCGCGGAGGUUCCUCCGGGUAAAUAUACUGUCAAGGCGGACGUUCAGACUGCUGGCGGAGAGCCAGUCACCUGUCUGGAUGCUUCUGUUACAUUCGAGAUCAAAAUUUAA